UCUUCCAGUGAGACGGAGAUGUCUGACCUUCACCAGUGGAUCAGCUCCUUUCCUUUCAAGGCUGACAGGCUAGCAGAUGAAAAGUAUUUCAAAGGAGCAAAGCCGUGCCACAAAUAUCAAAGAAAACUCAAAGAGAAAGCACAAAAAAUAUCAAAAAAGUUUUGGAGUGGAAAUAAAGAUGUGUUUGGAGGAAACAAGAAACCUGACUUGUCGUACACGUCACUUGUAUUAGACAAAGAAGAGUGUGAGGAACCAUCGAAAAUAAAAAGAUUUAAGAGCAAGAAAAGCAAGAUGCGUCGUCCUAAGAAGCUAAAGACGUACAUCCCUGAGAACAAAGGAGAAAUGUCCCCCGGUGUCCUGCUGAAAACACAUAAAAACAUCCUUUUGGUUGGGAAGCCUGGAAUUGGAAAGACGGCAGUGAUUUGUGAAAUGUUGAGACUCUGGGCUGAAAGUGAAAACGAGGAGCUGGAUUACAUGUUUUACUUUGACAUGAGGGAGGUGACUCAGAUGAAGAUCAUGACCUUGGAGGAUCUUCUUUUCAAUGCGUACAUUAAACCUGACGAGGGCAAAGAUGAGGUGUUACAGGACAUAGAGAAGAUCUCUGAUAACGUUACAGUUAUGUUGGAUGGAGUCACAGAUCUGUCUUCACCGGUGCUGAAGAAGCUUGUGGAGGGAGACCUACUACCUGGUGCAAAGAUCAUCAUAACAUGCAGACCAGACGAUGAGGAGGACACGGGUCUUGAUGACCGUCUCCGAGUGGAAGUGAAAGGUUUUAGUGAGCAGGCCAUAAAAGCAUACCUAUCUGCAACACUGGCAGAUGAACACAAGACAGUUCUGAGCAAUGUGGAGUUGUUAACUCUUUGUCACGUUCCCAUGUACGCUCUGAUGGUGGCUGCUUCCUUCUCAUCAGGAGUCUCUCCACAGCCAAGGACCGUUACUGAAGUAUACAUUAAUAUUGUCCGUUUCUGUCUUCAGAGGAACAGCAACAAACCAAGCAGUAAGCAUCUGAACAACUUCAUCCAAACUAAGAGUGAGGGAAUUCUCUCUUUAGCUAAGGUUGCUUUUCUUGCAACUCAGGGAAAGACUGUGAACCUGGAAGAAGUUUCCUCCGGAGACAGCAGUGUCCUCUCCUUCCUAAAACCUCUCAUUGUGAGAGUGAGUCCUACUAAAACACUUGUUAAAUAUGCUUUCCUUCAUUACACAGUGCAGGAGUUUUUUGCAGCACUUUGGCUCUUGAAGAAUCCUGAUCAAAUCAAGAAAAUUUUUCAGCAGAGACCCAAUGAUGAGAUGAAACACAUGACACAUCUGAUUCCUUUCAUGUGCCAGUUGUUGAACGAAGAGAACCCUAGUUUGAUAAGCUGUCUGAUUCCAGCUCAGGAGCUCCAGAACACACGCACGUGGUUUUUCAAGGAGAUUAUUGCUUCAUUUUUCUCUGAUGACGUCUUGUUCCUGUGUCAGUGCUUGUAUGAGUCCCAGCUUCCUGAAGCAUGCAUCGACCUCCUGGACAAACUGGACUACUGUCUUGACCUGAGUGAUCAGAAUCUGGAUUCUUAUCAUUGCUGUGCCGUGGCCUAUGUGAUCAGUCAGUCGAAGGAAAAGAAAAUACAGCUGCAACUUGAGGAUGUGGUGGUAUCAGAACAAGGAAUGGAGCAACUCCUGAGAUGUCAUGAAAAUGUCCACAGGUGUGAACCACUGUCACAGCAGCUGUGGAAGAUUUUCCUCCAAAGCGACUGGCAGAUGGACCCCGCCCGCUUACUGAGCCUCGAUAGAAACCAGCUGCACCUUCCAGUCCACGGUGAAAGACGGCUGUUUGGAAGAGCUGUGGAAGUCAUAAAUAAGAUGCCUGCAAAGGUAAAAGUCUGCCUCUACGGGGACGGGGCAGCUGCAGUCUGCCAGAGUCUCUGUGAGUCCCUCUUUGAGGCUCUGCCAAACAUCCGCUCACUCAGUUUGGAGCCUGAUGGGUCAGAUCUUCAUGGAGGAAUCAGGUUUUUGGGGAAUCUGUUCUGUGCAGCAGCAGAGAGAGAACAGCAGACAGGAGAGAAGAUCCUGCAGCAGUUAUCAUCGGUUUGCAGACAUAAAACAUUCCCUUUUAAUGAAGGAUACAAGGAUGAGAAACAUCAGUGUGAUGUCCUGCUGGAUCUGUACACCCACAUGAAGGACUGUGAAACUCAAACAGGAUUCAGAGUUCUUCCAUCAUUCCAGUCAGUUUUCCAGUCAGUUCCUGCAGUCUGGACCAUAAACCUCUCAGAGAGAAAGACCUCCAUCCUCCUGGAAGUGUUGAAACUCCAAUCAGAGAAGAAACCAGUGAAGCUGAGAGGCUGCUCACAUGAAGACGAUGAAGUGAGGAGUUUUCUACAGUGUCUGCCGUAUAUCUCACAGCUCAGUUUGGAUCUUAAGAGGUCAGAUCUUCAUGAAGGAAUCAGGUUUUUGGGGAAUCUGUUCUGUGCAGCAGCAGAGAGAGAACAGCAGACAGGAGAGAAGAUCCUGCAGCAGUUAUCAUCAGUGUGCAGACAUGAAACAUUCCCUUUUAAUGAAGGAGACAUGUAUCAGUGUGAUGUCCUGCUGGAUCUGUACACCCACAUUAAGGACUAUGAAACUCAAACAGGAUUCAGAGUUCUUCCAUCAUUACAGUCAGUUUUCCAGUCAGCUCCUGCAGUCUGGAUCAUAAACCUCUCAGAGAGAAAGACCUCCAUCCUCCUGGAAGUGUUGAAACUCCAAUCAGAGAAGAAACCAGUGAAGCUGACAGACUGCUCACAUGAAGACGGUGAAGUGAGGAUUUUUCUACAGUGUCUGCCGUAUAUCUCACAGCUCAGUUUGGAUCGUAGGAGGUCAGAUCUUCAUGGAGGAAUCAGGUUUUUGGGGAAUCUGUUCUGUGCAGCAGCAGAGAGAGAACAGCAGACAGGAGAGAAGAUCCUGCAGCAGUUAUCAUCAGUGUGCAGAUAUAAAACAUUCCCUUGUAAUGAAGGAGACAUCGAUGAUGAUGAUGAUUAUUACAUGUAUCGGUGUGAUUUCCUGCUGGAUCUUUGCACCCACAUGAAGGACUGUGAAACUAAAACAGGAUUCAGAGUUCUUCCAUCAUUACGGUCAGUUUUCCAGUCAGUUUUCCAGUCAGCUCCUGCAGUCUUGAUCAUAAACCUCUCAAAGAGAAAGACCUCCAUCCUCCUGGAAGUGUUGAAACUCCAAUCAGAGAAGAAACCAGUGAAGCUGAGAGGCUGCUCACAUGAAGACGGUGAAGUGAGGAGUUUUCUACAGUGUCUGCCGUAUAUCUCACAGCUCAGUUUGGAUCUUAAGAGGUCAGAUCAUCAUGGAGGAAUCAGGUUUUUGGGGAAUCUGUUCUGUGCAGCAGCAGAGAGAGAACAGCAGACAGGAGAGAAGAUCCUGCAGCAGUUAUCAUCAGUGUGCAGAUAUGAAACAUUCCCUUUUAAUGAAGGAGACAUGGAUCAGUGUGAUGUCCUGCUGGAUCUUUGCACCCACAUUAAGGACUAUGAAACUCAAACAGGAUUCAGAGUUCUUCCAUCAUUCCAGUCAGUUUUCCAGUCAACUCCUGCAGUCUGGAUCAUAAACCUCUCAGAGAGAAAGACCUCCAUCCUCCUGGAAGUGUUGAAACUCCAAUCAGAGAAGAAACCAGUGGAGCUGACAGGCUGGACAGAUGAAGACGGGGAAGUGAGGAGUUUUCUACAAUGUCUGCCGUAUAUCUCACAGCUCAGACUGAGUGAAGAGAAUUUCCAGCAGGUUCUGGACCUCCUGCUUGAGAUCCCGGACCAGGAAUUGAUGAUGUCCAGGAGUAGGUUUGAUGUAGACCUGACCUCGUGUUGUCUGACCUGGGAUCUUCUUCACCAUCUGCUGCAGAAGUCGUCAUCUCAGACCAUCAUUGUGGAUCUGAGGAAGAACCGCUUCUUACAGCAAAACCCUGGACGUCUGCUGCCAUUUUUGGACCAGAUUUUGUUCAGAAGGCCCGGUCCCGUCUUCGUGAAGACCUUCAUCAGAGAACUCUACAGAGCUCGUGCUCAUCACAUGAUACCCAGUUUCCUGAGGUCGUUGGAUCAUGUGAUCAGUCUGAGUUGCACAGAGCUGGACUUGUUGGACUGUGAUGGUCUGCUCUUCAUCCUCCAACACAGUGAUGUUGUUAAACUGAACCUGAUGUGGGCCUCCAUCCCAACAGAGAGAACAGAGUCCAUCUUCCUCAGACUGGACCGGGUUUCUCAUCUCAGUGUGGACAGGAACCAGCUGCUGGGGUUCAUCCGCUGCUGCGCUGCCUCUUCCAGCCAGCAGGAGGCAGCGUCAGGUCUGCUGAGGACUCUGCAGCACAAGCUAGAUCUGUCCUGGUCGUCCUGUGUGGCGCUAUCAGAGGACGAUCAGGCCGAGCCUUCAGGUCUGACUGAUGGAGACUGCAGGGCCAUCUCUACCAUCCUUAGAUGCAGCACCCAGGACACACAGCUCCUCCUGACCGGCUGGCAGGUGAAGGACAGCGGCUUGGACCUGCUGUUCCCCGUCCUGGACAGGGUCCGUCUCAGUGUCAGUAAGCCUCUGCUCCUCCAGCUGCUGUCCCUGGUUCCUGUGAACAGAGAGACGGACACGGAGAGACGGGCGGAGUUCCUGAGCAGAUCUCUGGGUGGAGAGCUGGAUCUGAGUCACAGCACACUGGAUCAGCGGCUCUGUGCAGUUCUGAACCAGAUGAUGGACAUCUGUGAAGACCUGGCAGAGCUGGACCUCAGUCACUGUCAGCUCACAGACCAUCUGCUGUCCCUGCUCAUCACCCAGCUGCACAAAGUCCACGUCCUGGAUCUGAGUCAUAAUCUGAUCUCUGAUGCUUCCACUGAUGUGCUGCUGCGGCUCGUCUCCAUCAACCCCUCCAUCAGCUCUGUGAGACUCUUCAACAACAACAUCACAAACAUGACAGCCUUUAGGAGACACCAGCAGUUUGAAAUCUGGUGAAGCAUCCGCCACUCAAGGGUCCUGUCACCACCAGCCCUUAAAACCCGUCUCCUUGACGACAUCCAUCCAUCUUCUACACCUGCUUCCUCCUACUCAGCGUCUCAGGGGUCUGCUGGAGUCUGUUCCAGCUCUCCUCAGGGUUUAUCCGGAUACGUCCGUCUCAGGGCUUCGUGACGACAUACCUCUCGUUUCUGAGCUGCUCCUGUCAUGGAGAUCAUGAUGAUGUCACUGUAAUGAGUUUAUUUGACCCUUUUAUUCUCUUUUGAUCAAAGAUGUUAGUGGUGUUGGGAUGUUUCAGCUCAGUUGUGGAUCAAUGAUCCAGGAAACAGCGCCAGCUGGAUCCACUCAGGGCAUUCAUUUGUACUAUAUAUGUAUAAGUUUCCUUUGAAGAGUCUUGAAAAUAAACAACUUUGGAC